CGACGAAGCAGUUUGUCUUUCAGAAGAAAGUAACAACAUUAAACAUGUUUCUUUUAACUGUAUUAGCUUGCAUUUCUCUCAGCCAGGCCAGUCUCCUCUACAAUGCUUAUCCUUACGCUCGUCCUUAUCAAGCCGGAUACUACGUCAGGGAGCCUCAUCGUCACGAGCACGUCGAAGUAGCUCGAGACCACGGAGGUGCAGUUGCAGGUCGAUACGGUUACCUCGACGCCAGUGGAAUUGGACGACAAGUCCAUUACGUCGCUGACCAUGCCGGACUUAGGGCUAAUGUACACACCAAUGAACCAGCAAUUGUCCGCAACGCACCACUCGCUGCUGGUAUUGUCUCUGAUGGUCUUCUUGCUCGUGGUGUAGCUGCUACAGUUCCUGCCUAUAAUCCAGCCCUCGGUUACGAUUAUGGAUUGAAUCCAUAUGGUUUGGCAUACAACAGAUUUGGUCUUGGAUAUGGCUAUGGAAGUGCUUUGGGAUACACUGGUCUUUUGGGCAGUUACGGAAGUCUCUAUGCUUAAGUUCUUAAAUUGCUGAUGAGAAUGAAUUUGAAAAUAUGAGGAAUGAUACAUCAACAUUCUGAAUCACAUUUUCUUUAGAAAUUCUUCAUUUUUUUAAAUUUAUUUUUUUGCUAUCAAAAUUAAACUUUCUUUUCUCUUCUUGAAACAAUGCAGUAUAACUUUUUUCUUUUUCUUCCCUUUUUUUAAAUGAU